AUGUGGGCGACAAAUGACGACCCUGGAGCUUGGUUCGUUGUUCUAGGUGGUAAAAAUCCUGGUGUCAAAGAUGCCGAGCCUUUCAUGGUCGGGAGCAAGUACACGUUCCCGCUCCCAAUCAGCGUGAAGUGUGAUACGUGCAACCAAGCAGAUGAUGUCAACCGAUUCAAUGAAUUGCUCAAGCCUCUCAAGAAGCUCAAUCCUGAUUCAUGCACCAUGCUCAACUUAAUGGCCAAUAGCCCAUUGAUGGCGGAGAUCUUACCUGACAUCGACGAAUAUUACUGUGUGGUUCAUGGCAGCUCCAGUGGGAUAUAUCUGCACUAG